AUCCAUAGGGACAACCUCGCUGAAUUGUUUUCCCCCUGGGUGUUUGCAACCAAGUUAUAUUUCUGAACAGCUCUUCCUGGCAGAAGUCAUCGUCAGAACUAUAAGCGGGAUCGACUAUGAAAGGAAAUGGAAAAUAGAGAUGUUUCACUCGUGAAAGAUUGGAAAGAAGAACCUCAGUCAGAACAGUGAUAGACAGCCGAUGAUUUUCCGGACUAUUUGUCGCCCAAUCAGGCUAGCUACACGCUAACCAUACUGAGACACGAUGAUGAACAACACUACCUCAUUCGAAUCGGAAUGCGGGUCUGCGUACCUAAAAUGGACUUUGCGACUAAUUUAUUCAAUCAUAUUCAUCCUUGGUUUGUUCGGAAAUGCAGUUGUCUGCAUAGCGAUUGUCAAACGAAAAGGGACUCAAACCAGCUGUAACAUAUUUACAUUCAAUCUUGCGUUCCACGAUCUAAUUCUCGUACUCGUCUACGUUCCAACGCAAAUGAUUUUUUUUGAAAACUGCUUUCAAUGGGUUCUUGGAAGUUUUAUGUGCUAUCUUGCUUACAUAAUACUUCCCUUGUCACUGUCUGUGUCCAUCGGUACUUUACUGGCCAUCACCGCUGACCGAUACCGCGCGAUUGUAUUUCCAGUCAAGUCUAGGCUAUCCAGGAGGCGGGUAAUGUUGAUAAUAGCUGUCAUUUGGGUUGCAUCGGCUGUAACCGCCUUACCUCUUCUAUUUGUCACCAAAUUCGUUUCGCCUCAGCCUGGGAUAAAGCACUGCGCAGAGUAUUGGACAUCGCCAAUGUUUCAAGAAAUCUACUGGAUAUCAAUGUUUUGCAUUCAGUAUCUGUUGCCCUUGAGUAUCAUUGCGAUCUUGGCGGGCAUAACGGCCUAUACUUUAAGGAAAAACGCACUCCCAGUUGCUAUGGAGACGUGCGCUCAAAGCGAGGUCUUUCGGAAGGCCAUUCAACGAAGAGCCAAACAAACACAACGGAUAAGAAACAUGCUCAUUGCACUCGUGUUGCUCUACGCCAUUUGUAUGCUGCCUCAGCACGUGGUGUACACGUUCUGGUCGAGAUACGGGAAUUUGACCGAAACGAGUUACAGAGAGAUGGCAAACUUAAUAGCCAACAUCUUUCCAAUAGCAAACAGUGCGCUCAAUGCGAUUGCAUACGGAACAUUGAACAAGGAGUUCAAGGACGUUUUCAAUUUUUUGUUCAAAUGCACUUGCCUGAAGAGUAGAUACCUUUUAAGGAAACCUUCGACUUUUGAGACAGAAACUAGUGUGAAAAAGAAUGAAAGCGGACCACUUCUUCAUCAGGAAUGGAAAAAUGGACGAGAAACCAUGGUGUCUCCUCUUCCAAAAAUGAAAAUUAAAAAAAACGACUGCACGCAGGACUCGUGCAACCGCGGGAACAAUUAUUCGGCCGAUCAAGAACGUUUAGGUCUUAUAGUCUUUACGGGCGUGGGCUCCAGCAGAAGAGAGAGCCUACAAUAUAUUUCUUCCGGAGAUAGAGAAGAGCUUCCACAAAAGGAGACAGUCGUGUAAUGCAUAUAACUACAGCUUUUAUGAUAGAUACACCUUGACAAAUUAGAUAGCCACCAGCGACUUGCUUUAACAUGGUAGCUUUGCCUGCGCACGCGCUGGCGUUUCGGCUAUUGCAACAGCUUGUCUUAAAACAAUUUAA